AUGGCGGUCCGACCUCUCGCACACGUUCAGCCAGUCCUCCCGGAACGACUCCACGACUUGACGGCUACUUUCUCUCAGAACCGCGACGCCCAGUUCCGACAGCAACUGCACUCCCUACAGUGCGAUAUGACCCUGAUCAAUAAUGCGGACCCGUACCAGGCUGGCCCUUUGCCUGACUCAUCUGAGGAUAUCGCGCACUUGAUUGAGGAUACUGUUGGUGGGGGGAAAUUUGCCAAGGAGAUGGCAAGUCUCUCAGGAACUUGGUACUCCAAGUUUGUUCAUGAGAUCAAUAAUGUUAAGGAGCAGAAGGACUCGGAUUUGGCUCAGAUUAUGAACCGACACCAGAACAGCCUCGAUCGACACCGCCGCGAGUACGAUUUCCGUGUCCACUUUGCCAAAGAAGAGUUCAAUCAACUCUCUGGCACUCUGCGCGAGCGCCUCAUGCAAAGCAUUUCCAGCAAGCGGUCCCGUCUUAUGCGUGAGAAGGAGCAACUUGACAUCGCCGACACAAACGCCCUUCUACUCCACCCCAAUCAGUUCAGCAUCACCAACCCCGCCAGCCCUGGUGGAAUCCACGGCAACCGCAAGACCCGUCACACCCGUCACCGGGUUGACCUGGACGAGCUGGGCAACGGCAUUGUCUCAGAGCUGAACAAGCGCAAGCGCAAGGCUCCAGAGGAGGACGCUGGAUCCCCUGUACGGGAAGCGGGCGGCACGACCCCCGCCGAGCGCUCCAAGGCCUACGUCGAGAAGCAGGCCGCGCCCACCUACACCAUUCAAUCCCUCUUCACCGACAAGGAGCUCAGCGCACACUCCAACCACGCGCACGUCGCGACCGUCCACUUCUUCUCGACGUCCAAGCGCGCUGACCAGAACUCUGGUGCCGUGACAAACGGCAACAACACCGAAACUGAGGAGACACCCGAUGGCACCGGCCACGAGGAUAACGGGACUCCCAGUGCCACCGAUAUGAUGCGCACUGCGAGUCAAAAUUUCCACAUUACACGGUCGACCCGGGGCACGGCCGCUCACAGCGCUCUCAGCGCUCUGGCCGAUCUCGCUGAUAAGAAUGCGACGCGCCCCGCCCUGCCCUACCAUGUUCUCUCCAACUAUCACGCCCGUCCGAACGGCAACGCGCCUCCGUUGACCUCUCUCUUGAACGAGGAGGUUGACGAUGACCUGUCGAGAGUCGACCGGCUACAUACCAGCAAGCCGGUGGGAUGGAUUGAUUCCUCCCUCAUCGACCUGGUCGUGGCGCCAUUGCCGUCCGAGCCAGUCGACGGGCACCCGCCCAACCCAGACCGCUUCACCUCGCUGCACCCCGACUUCCCGUCGGUGGCCGGGGUGCAACUCCAGCCGGCACGGCCCAAUCUUGGUGCCGAGAUGUUUCCUGCUCUCGCCAUGGAGCGCGAGCGAAGCAGUAAGCGGACGCGCCACCACUGA